CUAGGUUAUAUUUUCAGGGAAUGGACAGCCCACAGCAGGGUGAUUUAAUGGUUUUGAGAUGUUUUAAUACACAUAUUUUCUUCUUAUAAAGUCGCCUAGUAGGGUUAUUGCAUAUACAUGUAAUUACGUUUCACUAACAAAAACCUUUAUUGUGAAGAGCAGUUUGCCCGUGGAGGGUGUUUCGUCACUGUUUCCAGCUUCACGACGCCUGGAUCAAUAAAUGUAGUUUGUUAGCAAGAAACCCGCUAACGUGGAGGACAAGCUUUGUCGCCAGCCGGGGAUAAAAGUGAUGCUAACAAACUGGACGCUGUGCUUUUCUGUGAGUUUAGAUAAUGGCAGUCUGAUGAGAUUGCAUAACUGACGAUGUGAUGUCCGCCCAGCCUCUGCAGCAGUCCGGGGAAGAUCCAGCAGUCUGCUAGCUCAAACAGCCCGGCUAGCCGAUGCUGAUGACUGGCUGUUUUCUGACAUCGAUUUGCAGUAGGAGGCACCAUGGCCGGUAAGGUGAAGUGGGUGACAGAUAUUGAAAAAUCAGUGCUCAUCAACAACUUUGAGAAAAGGGAAUGGAUCCAAGUUACAGAAAACGAAGACUGGAAUUUCUACUGGAUGAGUAUCCAGACCAUCAGGAAUGUGUUCAGUGUGGACACUGGCUACCGCCUGUCAGAUGACCAGGUGGUGAACCACUUCCCCAACCACUACGAACUGACAAGGAAGGACCUGAUGAUCAAGAACAUCAAGCGCUACCGCAAGGAGCUGGAGAAGGAAGGCAGCCCGCUGGCAGAGAAGGACGAGAACGGAAAAUACCUUUAUCUAGAUUUUGUCCCUGUGACAUUCAUGCUCCCGGCUGAUUAUAAUCUAUUUGUAGAGGAGUUUCGUAAGAAUCCAUCGAACACAUGGAUCAUGAAGCCCUGUGGGAAGGCGCAGGGAAAAGGCAUCUUCCUCAUCAACAAACUAUCCCAGAUCAAAAAGUGGUCCAGAGACAGCCGCACCUCCUCGUUUGUAGCCGCAUCUAGUGGCAAGGAAGCAUAUGUCAUCUCCCUUUACAUCGACAAUCCUCUGCUGAUAGGAGGGAAGAAGUUUGACCUGCGUCUUUAUGUUUUGGUGACCACCUAUCGGCCUCUGAAAUGCUACAUGUAUAAGCUGGGCUUCUGUAGGUUCUGCACAGUCAAGUACACACCAAGUACAAGUGAACUGGACAACAUGUUUGUUCACCUCACAAAUGUCGCCAUCCAAAAACAUGGGGAUGACUACAACCAUGUCCAUGGAGGCAAGUGGACGGUCGGUAACCUCCGUUUGUACCUAGAGAGCACCAGAGGGAAGGAGGUGACCAGUCGAGUGUUUGACCAGAUCCACUGGAUUGUGGUGCAGUCUCUGAAAGCUGUGGCUCCUGUGAUGAACAAUGACAAGCAUUGUUUUGAAUGUUACGGGUAUGACAUCAUUAUUGAUGACAAGCUCAAGCCAUGGCUUAUUGAGGUCAAUGCUUCUCCUUCGUUGACGUCCAGCACAGCGAACGACCGCAUCCUGAAGUACAACCUCAUCAAUGACACCCUCAACAUUGUCACGCCCAACGGGGAGAUCCCAGACUGCCGCUGGAACUGCAGCACACCCCGAGAAGCACUGGGCAACUAUCAAGUCCUGUACGAUGAGGAGCAGGCGCAGAGCGAGAAUGUGGACCGUGACCUGCGUAGUCGCUCAGGUCAGUCAGUGGGGUCAAAGGGCACCAAAGGGAGCGCAAGCGUUCGUCCCCCUGCUGCCACCUGGAAGUGAGGUGAUACUGCUGAAUCAUAAUGACUUCCUGUAGAAUAUGUCAGGGUCCAACAGUGGGGACAAGGGGGAUAAGAAAGAACCACCCAGACUGUUUUUAGUCUAACUAUCCAGUGGAGGAUUGCUCUCUUCUUUUCUCUCCAUAUGUCACUGACUGAAGCACAGGGAGAAACAGCUAUACUGCUGGUGGGGAGAAAAAUCAAAUAUGGGGCCAUUUGGAGAAUUUAAACGCUGGAGUUUGCAGCUAUUUGUAUGCAUAAUGAUGAAGAUCCCUCUCCUUGGAUGGCUAGGGCUUCAGUAGGAGCUGCAGGUGAGACAAUGGUAACUAUACAAAAUUUAAAAUGAAAUUUGUAAAUUGAAAUUCAUCACUGGGAUUCAAAUAAACUGAUAGUCAGUGGAUAGUUACUGGGGAGAAUUGACAGUACUAAAUGUGUGGAGGCCUGAAAAUGGAAUUUAAUAGACUAAUGUUUUUAUAAAGUCAUGACCAGUGUGUUUAUGCAGGAGGUUUAGUGUUGAACUCUCUUGCACUUUGUUACUUUAUUAUUGCUAUUUGCUAUUCUUGCAUAUCAAAUUGGACCACUGACGUAAUUUCUCUUGCACCUUUAAAAUCUUAAAUAAUAAUAUGUGCUGGAAAUGUAUGCAUUCUUAGCAAUCGGUGGUUUAUUUUCUGCAACUACUGAAAUACAGAUGCUGAAAAAUU